CCAUCACCAUCUCCUCCUCCUCCUGCUUCCCACGACUCCUUCCUCUCUCUCUGCUCGCUCGUCCGUAACUACGCCAGUCCGAUGGCGGCGGUGUUGGCUGCGAUGCUCUGCGCCGCGCUGGUGGUGUUCGCGGCCGUGGCGGACGCCAGGGACCUCACUGUCGGCGGCAACGGCGGCGGCGGUGGGUGGAAGGUGCCGCCGCAGCCCGACGCACUCAACAAGUGGGCCGCGGCCACCCGCUUCCACGUAGGCGAUAAGCUCGUGUUCAAGUUCGACGGCGCGGCGGACGCGGUGCUGGAGGUGACCCGGGAGGACUACAACCGCUGCAGCACGGCGAGCCCGCUCGCCACCUACAAGCCCACCGGCGGCGCCGGCGCCGCCACGGUGCCGCUGACGCGCUCGGGCCUGCACUACUUCGUGAGCGGCGCCCCCGGGAGCUGCGACAAGGGGGAGCGCGUCAUCGUCCUCGUCAUGUCGGAGAAGCACAGCCGCCCAGGCCACGGCUUCUUCGCGCCGGUGCCGGCCCCCGCGCCCGGGCAGUCCCCACUGGCCGCGGGGCUCUUCCAGGGCCCCGCCCCGUCGCCGGCGACCGGUGCCGCCGGAACGACCGCGGCGAGCGCCGCCCUGCUCGUUGCCGCAGCCCUCCUCGUUGCGGCGGCGGUCGCCGGCUUCUGAGAAGACUUGGUUUUUUACUGGGAAGCCUGGAUAGAGUUUUGGGAUUCUUUGAUUUCUCUAGUUUUGCGUGUUGUGCUGUGAGAUUGCUGGAAAAAAAACGCUUCUUCUGUCUAUAGAAGAGGAUGAUAAACUCAUAAAUGGAUGGUGAAUCGAUCAGAUGAACUUGUUGCAUCAAGAUCAUAUGGCUUGUUUAUUUCAUGAAAUUUUUUGGAUUACAUGUCACAGGUGAUAUUUGAUCUGAUGUUG